ACUGGAGACCCUGCUUCAAUCAGCGGCGUCCCCGCGCCCAGCCCCGCGCGCCCAGCCUGCCCGGGGAGCUGUCCCUGCUGCCCCAGCCGAGCCAGGGGAGAGGGGGCUGCUCGGAGCGGACGGUCCCUUUCCUGCCAGCUGUUGCCCGGGGAGGGGUCGGAGGCGGGUCCGGGUCAGGCCGGCUCCUCCCGGUGGCUCCGGCCCGGCUGCCCCGAGAUGAGCAGCCCCGAUGCGGGCUACGCCAGCAGCGACGACCAGACGCAGGCAAGGUGCUCGCUCCCCAUCAUGAUGCCGGCCCUGGGCCCCUGCCAGUGGGCAGAGACCCUGAGCCCCCUCGCAGACGCCAAGGUGAAGAGUGAGGCGGCCCCGGCGGGGGCUGCGAGCAGCCGGGCCAAAAGCGAGUCCCGCAUCCGCCGGCCCAUGAACGCCUUCAUGGUGUGGGCCAAGGACGAGCGCAAGCGGCUGGCGCAGCAGAACCCGGACCUGCACAACGCGGAGCUCAGCAAGAUGCUGGGGAAGGCCUGGAAGGCGCUGUCGCUGGCGGAGAAGCGGCCGUUCGUGGAGGAGGCGGAGCGGCUGCGGGUGCAGCACAUGCAGGACCAUCCCAACUACAAGUACCGGCCGCGCCGGCGGAAGCAGGUGAAGCGCCUGAAGCGCGUGGAAAGCGGCUUCCUGGCGCACGGGCUGGCGGAGGCGCCGGGCGCCGGGCUGGCCAGCGAGGGCAGCAGGAUGUGCGUGGAGAGCCUGGCGCUGCCCUACCCGGAGCAGGGCUACCCCGCCGUGCAGAGCGCGCUGCCCCCGGCGCUGGGCCACUACCGGGACUGCCAGCCCCUGGCUGCCGCCUUCGACGGCUACAACCUGCCGACCCCGGACCCAUCCCCGCUGGACGCGGCGGAGAGCGAGGCGGCCUUUUUCACGCCGCCCCUGCAGGACGAGUGUCAGCUGGCGCCCUACGGCUACCCCGCGGCCGAGUACCCCGCGCACGGGGCCGAGAGCCAGGCCAGCGCCGCGCUCCGCAGGCACCUGCCCCGCGCCGAGCCGCUGGGGCAGCUCAGCUCCCUGCAGAGCCUGCUGGGCUGCCAGGGCCCCCUGCACGCCUACUACGGGCAGCUGUGCCCGCCCGCCGGCCCGGCCCGCCCCCAGCUCCCGCCGCAGCCCUGCCAGCCCUCGCCGCCGCCCGAGGCGCAGCAGUGCAGGGAGCCGCUGGAGCACCUGUCACAGGACGAGCUGCUGGGCGACGUGGAUCGCACCGAGUUCGAGCAGUACCUGCACUUCGCCUGCAAGCCCGAGCUAGGGCUCCACUUCCCGGGCCACGACGCCGGCCUGGCCGCGCCAGACGCCCACGGGCCCCUCUCCUCGGUGGUUUCGGAUGCGAGUACUGCUGUGUAUUACUGCACUUACCCAGACGCCUAAUAGACACGGUCACUCCCAGCGCUCUCGCGGUGCGAAGUAGCUGUGAGUCUGUGGCGGACUCCCCGGUGAUGGGAAGCCUUGUACGGAAGGGUGUGUGCUUUGCUCCUAUUUAUGUAAUUUAUUGGAAUCUUGAGAACUGACAGGUGACAGAGACCCACUCAAGGUUUGAAAGACAGCUCUCCAUCUGAUCCCCAAGUGGUGCAAUUCUGAAAAUUAAAACUAUUUAAACUUCAGAUAGCUGCACAGUUGGACUGUAAUUUAUCAGCUCCUGGAAGAGUUCACGAUGCUGUUUAAAUGUUGUGACUGUUCAGUUUUAUACAUAUGGAAUUUGGGUUUUGUACAGACUAAUUUUGCACCUUUUACAAAUAAAGGGAAAAAUAAUAAAUUUUUUCACUUUCAUAGCCCCUUACAUCUACGAUUAGUAUUUUAAUGUAUAUGGUAGUUAAUAGCUAACGACUUAGAUAAAUGUCCUGUUUUCAUUCAAAGCCUUUACAGUAAAGAGAACUUCAUUGUACUUAAAUAUAAAUAAUCGGAGGUAAUGUCAAUCUACUUUUUUUUUUAGACCUGGUCUUAUCUCAGUUAAAUGGCGGAAGGAUUUGAUAAAUAUCUAUCCCCUCAAAAUAUUGUUUUCUCUUAGAAAAUUCAGAUAGUGGGUUUUUUUUAAAGGGAUUUGGUUUAGAGAGGCUAAUAGAGUCUAACUGAACUUAAACAUUUUAAUAGAACCUGUUUUAUCUGUAUGCAUAUAGUGAAAUGGAAGUUAAAGGGGAAAGGAAAGAUUACACCAAAAUAUUUCAGCUCUUGGUCGUGCAUCUAAUGAAUAGCCCAGACGUUUGAGUUCAUUGGGAACAGGAUCGUUCUUUAAAAGUGCCAACCAACAAAUGCAACUAGCUCAUGUAGAAAUAAUGUAGUCUGAGACUGAACACCUGUCUUCGUUGUGGAAGAGGAUUCACUUAUGGGAAAAGACUGAGGGGAGUCAAUGUCCCCUCAAGCAUAAAUCUGACAUUGUAUUUUAGUUAACAUACUGUAACACGCAUGUGAAAAUGGGGGGCUUCUAGAGUUCAAUUUUCCAUAGCUGAUUCCCAGAUAUUCAGGAAGCUGUUAUUUUUGCAACCGAGCAUUUCAUUAAUAAGUCAAAACAGGCAUUUAGACUUUAAUGUUCCUACUGGUA